CUUCAUACUCUUCACUCCAACAUGGACAGAACCUUCGGACGCAACGUGCAGAAUAACGAGGAGCUGAGGAUCGUGAUGGUGGGGAAGACUGGGAUGGGGAAGAGUGCCACUGGGAACACCAUCCUGGGACGACAGUGCUUCGAAUCGAAGUUCAGCGCAAAGUCCAAGACUCUGGAUUGCUCCAAAGGAAAAAGUGACGUGGAUGGGCAACAGGUUGCUGUGAUCGACACCCCGGGCCUGUACGACACCAGGUUCGGCAUGGAGAAAACUACUAAAGAUGUGGGUCAGUGCGUCUCUUACGCUUCUCCUGGGCCACAUGUGUUCCUGGUGGUCAUCAGGCUGGGCAGGUUCACUCUGGAGGAGAAGCAGUCAGUGCAGAAGAUUCAGGAGAUCUUUGGCCAGACUGCAGACAGAUACAGCAUGGUCCUCUUCACUCACGGGGACAGUCUGGAAGACGUAACCAUUGAGGAGUUCAUCGAUGAAAGCCCAGACCUGCUAGAGCUCAUAGGCAGAUGUAAUGGCCAAUACCAUGUGUUCAAUAAUAAGCUGAAGGAUCGCUCUCAGGUCACUGAGCUGCUCAACAAGAUCAGAGAUAUCGCCCAGAAGAACGGAGGAAGCCACUACACCAGCCAGAUGUUCCAAGAGGCCGAGAGGAAACUCGAGAUGGAGAAACAACGCAUCCUGAAAGAGAAAGCAGAGCAAAUACGCAAAGAAAGAGAGGAAAUAGAGAGAGCAGCACAAGAAAGAUUACAAAAACAGGUUAACUUAAUUAAUGCACAACUCCAGGCUGAGAGAGAGAGGGAGAGGAAAGAGAGAGAGGAGGAGAGGAAGAGGGAGAAAGAGGAGAUGAAUGAGGAGAGAAGGAGGGAGAGAGAAGAGAGAGAAGCAGAGAGAAGGAGAGAGAGGGAGGAGAGAGACAGAGCUGUUGCAGAUACAAUUCAGAAAUUAAGAGAAGAUCAUGAGAGAGAAAUGAAAGAGGAACAAGAAAGAAUGAGGAAAAGAUACGAGGACGACUCGAGAAGGGAAGCUGAAGACGAGGGUGGUUCUUUCUGUGUCAUCUUGUAGUUCCAGUAUGUGUCUUCUGCUCAAAUGUUCUGAUGCUUGAUAAGAAAUGAUGACCCACUUUCUAUGUAGGUCCCUUAAUAUACUGAUAAACCUGUUUGAUUGAUACACUGCAAAAAAAAGAAAAGUUGGGUGAACUCAAAAUUUCAAGGCGACAAACUUCGAUAAAAUUUCAAGUUGGGCAAUUAAACUUAAUAUUUUAAGUUUUGUUUUUGAGUUUGCUCAACUCUGAAUUCAGAUUUUUGUCAACUCAACUGUAAGUUGUACUAACUUAUAAUUUUACAUUGUAAUAACUUUUAAUCCUUACUUCUGCUAACUUCUGCAAUGUGCUGAAUUGGCACGAUUGUAACGCCGCUAUGAAAUGUCAGCUAAUGUUGUGACCACAAUGUUGAGUUAGCAUUG